AUGAGGAAUAUUGAAGAUUCAGCAUUAAGAUUAUUUAAUCAUAUUGAUGAUUUGGAAAGACAAGGAUAAGUUGAAUUAUGUUCAUCAUUUAUUUUUGCAGUUCAUUUAUUUUCUCUUUUAACCUUCUUUAACCACAUAGAGAGGAUUUUCAUGAAAAAAGUUAUUAUAUACUAUUAUUUUUGAGAAAUAUUCUGAAUUUAAAGCAAUAGAACAAUAUAAUGGAAAGUAGUGGAAUUUAUAUAAAUAAUUAGAAAAUUAACAUUAAAGUAUUUGUAGAGAGUUAUUUAUUUGAUAUACCUCCAGAAAAUAUAUGUAAUAAACCUACUACUUUAUCAGAAACUGAUGCUCCUAAAAUUGGAUAAUUAGAAUGGAAAAAAAUUUAGUAGCUUGAAAAAUAUGAGAAUUUAGAGAAAGAAACAAGAAAUAAAAUUAGAGCAGCAAUUUCUGAAUUUGAUUUUAAAUAAUAUAAAAAUGCAUAACAACAGAUAUUAACAGCUAUUGAUUUAUUAAAUAAUUUAUUAUAAUGA